CUGAAUUAAAUAUUUGUCAGUUAACUUUGUACAUUGGUUAUUUUUCAAUGAAUUUUAUACUUUCAUUCUGAAACAUUUUAAUAAUCUUUGGGAAAGUGAGGUUUCGGCUUUCUACUUCUGAAUCUUUAUGCAUAAAAAUGUGAGAUUCUUCCAAAGGCAGAAAGAAAGCAAUUUCAAAAUAUCGUCGUUGUCACUGCAAUAUCUGCUAUGUGAGUUUUUGGCCAAUUUGACCUGUUUAUCAUAUAGAAAUAUAUGCUUUGUUUUCUAUAAAACGAAAAUAUGCCAUGUGCAUAUUUCUUUCCAGAAGACCGGUAAACAUUGUUAUUUAAUAUCUGCUAUGCGAAGCACUGAAAUGUAAUUAAUGCUAUGUGCUAAAACUAACACAUGGCAUAAAUUUUUACCAAGAAUUUACCACGUGACUGCCAGAAUUUUUUCACAUAGCAGAGAUUGCAUAACCUCAAAAAGUCCGCGUCAUUGGCAUUGUUCUCAGUUCAAUAAUAAGGUCUUGUUUAUUACGAAUGAAAAAUGUGUUCUCGUGGUAUAUUAAUGGUACAAAUGGCAUCAAAACGUAAUAAGGCUCCAAAUGACCGCCAAUCUGCACCAACUAGCAAGGCUUUUGAAGCUGAUUUAUCGGAUUCAGAUGAGGAUAAUGAACCUCUAAGCAAAUUAUUGAGGAUCAAGGCCCCUGAAAACGGGAGUAGUUGCAUGUCUCAAGCUGCCCAUGAUAAUUUAUCGGAUUCAGAGGAGAACAAUGAACUAUUAAGCAAAUUAUUAUUUAAGAGCUCUAAUGAAACUAACCCUCGCAAUGUAACUAGUCAUGAAACAACUUCUGAGGUAGCCAAUGCAGAUGCCCAGCCGAUUAUAUCAUUUCAGGUCCCAGUUAAUGAAAAUUUUACGCUGCCUCUAAAAAGUGUUAGUAUGUAG